AUGGCGGGGAUGGAAUCGAUCUAUUCUGCUACCUACAGUAGUGUGCCAGUUUAUGAAUUCAAGAUUGAAGGAGACAGUGUCAUGAGGCGAAGAGGGGAUGAUUGGGUCAACGCAACACAUAUUCUGAAGGCUGCUGGAUUUGAUAAGCCAGCAAGAACUAGAAUUCUUGAACGAGAGGUGCAGAAGGGUGUACAUGAGAAAGUACAAGGUGGCUAUGGCAAAUAUCAAGGAACAUGGAUUCCCCUUCCAGAAGCUCGCAUGCUGGCAGAGCGGAACAAAGUCCUCACGAAACUCUUACCCAUCUUCGAUUACACUGCUGGGGACCGGAGUCCCCCACCUGCUCCAAAGCACACUUCAGCCGCCUCAAAACCAAGAGCACCUCGCAAGUCUAACAAUCGCAAUCUUGCAUCGGCAUCAGCGCCAAAGCCAGCACCACCGCCAGCAGAAGUAUUUUCUGUCAUGCAACCAAAUCCAACGCGGAACAUGGGACCCCCAACCCUCCCUCAUGAACAAUAUGAUAUGAGUACCACCUUUGAUGACAACGAGUCUAUUGAACAAGCCACCAUUGAAUCAUCAUCCAUGGUCGCCGAUGAAGAUAUGUUACAAAUGUCUCAUCACGGUGGGCGAAAGCGCAAGCGCGGCGCGAAUGAACCCCACGGCAUGUCUCUCACUGAGCAGGAACAUAUCAUGUAUGGAGAUCAGUUAUUAGACUAUUUUAUGACCGUGGGCGACGCGCCGCAAGCAACACGCAUUCACCCACCCGAUCCUCCUUCUCAUUUCCAAAUUGAUCGGCCUAUUGAUGACUCUGGCAAUACUGCCCUGCAUUGGGCUUGCGCUAUGGGUGAUCUUGCGAUUGUACAGGAUUUACUUCGUCGAGGAGCCAACCCCAAGGCGCUGUCUGUUCAUGAAGAAACCCCACUUGUUCGAGCCGUAUUAUUCACGAAUAACUACGAGAAGCGGACUUUCCCUGCUCUUUUGGAUCUGUUGUUUGAUACUGUUACUUUCCGAGACUGGUUUGGAGCCACCAUAUUCCACCAUAUUGCUGAGACGACCCGAAGCAAGGGCAAGUGGAAGAGCUCCAAGUAUUAUUGCGAGAUGCUGCUUGAUAAAUUAUGCAAGACGGCUUCUCACGAUGAGGUGGAUUUACUAUUGUCAUGUCAAGAUGACAAUGGUGAUACGGCCGUUCUUGUGGCUGCACGCAACGGUGCCUUCCGUCUCGUAAACAUGCUUCUCACCCAUUGUCCUCGAACGGGCGACCUGAUGAAUAAAAAGGGUGAAACUGCAUCAGGCAUCGCUCAACGAUCUCACAUUGACAACGACAUCCCUCCCCCUCCAUCAUCAGUUACUAUGGCCAAUGAUCACAUGGAUGGUGAAUUAGGCACACUGCUGCCUUCAGACCGUCAAUCAAUUGCUCCCCCUGUCGAUUCGACCGCGACCUCCGAUCUUCUCUCUAAGAUCGGUACCAUAAUGGCAGAUGCGAACAAGAAACUCGCAGUCACAUACGGCAACUCCAGGAUGAGUCAACAAGAUUCCACCGAUGUUGCCAACCCAGAAGCCCUAUUUGAACAGCUUGAGUCCGAUCGCGGAAAGAUCAAGCAACAAACAGCAGCUCUUGCAGCUAAGGAGGCUGAGUACGACUCCAGUGAUAUGCAGCUCGCCCGCUAUGAGAAAUUACGCGCUCAAUACGAGUCUCUUCUCGAGCGCGUACAAUACGGCCGUCUCGUUCAGCAGUUGUCGGCCACAGCCAUCAAAACAGAAAUCCCUGCCACGGAUUCAUCCACACUCAGUCAAGAGGAACUGAGCGCCCGAUACCAACUUGCUCGUGAAUUAUGCAUUGCGCAAAAGACACGACGCAACGCAGUACGCGAUCUAGCUCAACAAACCGCGGAUGCAGGCGUGAGUACCAAGUUCGAUGUGCAUCGCAAACUAGUUGCUUUGGCCACAGGGCUGAAAGAAGAGGAGCUUGACCCGAUGGCGGCUGAGCUGGCCGAAACGCUCGAGUUUGAACGAAUGAAUGGCAAAGGUGCGUCCCCCGAGCCAGGGCAUCGACAAAUAACUUCCCAGAUGGACUCCGCCGCGCUACCUCCUGGGGCUGUUCCCGUGGAUGCCUAG